AUGUCCUACGUGCGCACGUCCAAAGAAGUCACGGCAUACGAUGAAUAUUACUCGAAGCCUAUCGAGGCCGAUGGUCAAGCAAUCACCGUAACGUUUACGACCACCUACGAUUUCGCCCGAUCCGUUGUUCCGCCCUGUUUUGAAAUCCCAAGCCCCCCAACUGGGUCUGCGUUUAUUUGCACAAACUCUGAGAGAAUCAGAGGAAUAUAUAUAGACGAAGACGAGCAGGCAGCCGCAAUCUCGCUGGACGUUCUGUUCCAAGGCAAACCAGGAUCGUACAGCCUCUCUGUGUUCGUGAACCGGGACAUGUCCAUGGCGACGGGUCGUGAGUCCUGGGGGAUGCCCAAGAAGCUGGGAGAGAUAUUCAUGAUGGGCAACGGGAAGAAGAUAUUUGGCGUUGGUCGCCGGAGGGGCGCCGAAAUGCGGAUCGAAACUGCUACCAGUCCUCCGUCUCCGGCUCGGCCUGGAACAAGGAGUACCGGAGUCUUUUAUGAAAUCAAAACGGGCUUGGGGGGUGGAGGAGGACCUCAACAUCCGGCGAUUCUGGUGGAGUUCGAGACCACUCAGGUGUUCACUCACUUGCAGGACGGUGACUUGAAAGAAACCCAGCUUACUCUCAGCGGAACUCCAGAUGAUCCCUUGGACACAAUUCCCAUUCAGAAACUGGAUUCAGCUAGUUACUCUGGAUAUGAAUCUUCAACCAGACUAGUGCGGGAGGUUGAGCUUGAUAGAGACUUUGAUUUCCGUCCUUAUGUGUAUGGCAAGUUUUAUGACCAUUGGCCGGGUACAUGCGAAAGGAAGAAAGAGUCGUCUUCUUAA